AAGCAGACCCCUAUCCGUUCAAGUUUUUGACAAAACAAUUUACAGUGAAGGAAAUCUAUCAUCAUUAUCUUCUCCCAUGGCUGCUCCUCUACUUUCUCUCUCCUCCCCCACCCCUUCCACAACCACCCCUCUUCUUCACCACUUAUCUUUCAAGGGCAAUGUAAGAACUCUGAAGGCGAAUCAAUGCCAAUUUCCGGCGAUUAAGCUCUGCCAGCGGAAGGCGAAUCAGAGACAAUCGCUUGUAGUUCGGAAUCAAACGGCGUCGUUUGUGGAAGAAUCGUUUGUGAGCGGCGGGAAUGUUAGGUUACGGCUGGAUAAUUUGGGGCCACAGCCAGGCUCGCGGAAGAAGGCGAAGAGAAAGGGGAGAGGGCACGCGGCGGGGCAAGGUGGCAGCUGUGGGUUUGGAAUGAGAGGUCAGAAAUCCCGGUCAGGUCCAGGUGUACGCCGAGGGUUUGAAGGUGGGCAGAUGCCCCUCUACCGACGACUCCCCAAAUUGAGAGGAAUUGCUGGAGGCAUGCGGGCUGGACUACCGAAGUAUGUCCCGGUGAACUUGAAAGAUAUAGCGGAAGCGGGUUUCGAAGAAGGAGAAGAGGUUUCGUUGGAAUCUUUGAAGAUGAAAGGUCUGAUUAACCCAUCGGGAAGAGAACGGAGACUUCCUUUAAAGAUAUUAGGUGAUGGAGAAUUGAGCGUGAAACUGGAAUUCAAGGCGCGUGCAUUCUCAUCGGCAGCAAAAGAAAAGCUAGAGGCGGCAGGUUGUUCGGUAACAGUACUUCCGGGCAGAAAGAAAUGGGUGAAGCCAUCUGUUGCUAAAAAUAUGGCACGUGCUGAUGAAUACUUUGCCAAGAAACGAGCUGCCGCUGCAGCUGCAGCUGCAACUGAAUCAGCUGAGUCAUCAGCUUCUGCUUAAGCUAUCAACUUUUCUUUCUUAUCAAGAAUCUGUAAAAAGCUAUUUUAAAACGAUAUAAGUUGGCUUUUGCUUUUUCUUAUUGUUCCCACCGAGAUGUUGUUCUUUGGUAGAGCUUUCUUUGCAUUGAUUUUUAAUUUAUAUUCCGGCUUUUGUUGCUAGUUGUGUCGGCUUAUUGUAUUCCCAUUUAGAGAAAGGCAAAUCCAUAUUCCUCUAUUGAAAGUGAAAUUUCAUGCCAAUUUGGGCAAUCA